AUGUCUUCCUUCACUGAAACUUCCAUUUUCCAAUUCCUAAUUUACCCUUUUUUAUUUCUCUCCGUUUUUAGGGUUUCUUCAGUUGCAGAAACUCCGGUGACCAACAAUGGUGGAUUCACGCUGGACUUAAUCCGCCGGGACGAUUCCGGCGACCCCUACGAAAAACUCCGGCACGCAAUCCAACGAUCUUUAAACCGCAAAUCGAUUCUCUCAUUAGCAUCUCGUCAAUCGGAGACUUCGGCAAAAACGACAGGGAAACUAUUCGGAUCCCCACUAAAAUCCGGCGGCGGCGAAUAUAUAAUGAAGGUGAGCAUCGGAACGCCGGCGGUGGAGCAGUACGGCAUCGCCGAUACCGCCAGCGACCUGACAUGGAUGCAGUGUCUUCCCUGCACCCGCUGCUACAAACAAAUUUCCCCAAUUUUUAACCCUAGAAAUUCCAAAACCUACAAAAAAAUCUCCUGCAAAACCGACAUUUGCAACGCCGCCGGCGACACCAACUGCGGCGCCAAGCGCCGCUGCCGCUACAACAUCCUCUACGGCGACAACUCCGCCAGCUCCGGCGACCUGUCGGAAGACACAUUAUCCUUCGUAAACGCCACUUUCCCUAAAACCAUCUUCGGCUGCGGCCACGACACCACCGGAACUUUCGCCGACGUCGGGUCGGGGAUCGUCGGCCUCGGCGGCGGCACCGUUUCGAUUAUCAAUCAGCUAAACCACUCGAUCAACGGAAAAUUCUCCUACUGCCUGACUUCCGUCUCCUCCAACGCCACCAGCAAGAUAAGCUUCGGCGCCGCCGCCGUCUUCAGUGGCUCCGGCGCUGUCAAAACUCCGAUCGUCAAAAAAGACCCCGACACGUUCUAUUACCUAACCCUCGAAGCCGUUACCGUCGACGGUCAAAAAUUAUAUUACAAAUCGGAGACCACCGGUACCCAGCCGGGAAACAUUAUAAUCGACUCCGGCACGACGGCGACGUUUCUCGACGACAAUUUCGUCGGCCACCUGGAAGCGGCCGUCGAAAAAAUUGUAAAAGGGCAGCGCGUGAGGGAGUCAAGCGGGAACUUCGGGCUCUGCUAUAAGCCGCCGGUGAUGGAGCCGAAGAUAACGAUGCACUUCAGUGGGGCGGACGUGGUGAUUCCGGCCGGCGGCGUGUUCGCCGACGUCGAGAAAUCGGUGGUUUGUUUGACGAUUUUGAGGGGAUCGGACAUGGCGAUAUUUGGGAAUCUGCACCAGAUGAAUCAUAAAGUGGGGUAUGAUCUUGUGAACAAGGAGGUUACCUUCCAGCCUGCGGAUUGCUCCCGGCAAUGA